GACCCCACAACCUCGCUGGCGGGCAUGCAUCCCGACCCGGCAUUAGAAGUCCUAAUUAAUAAGGUCUUUUACAUCAGCAAGCGACUAUUGUGGCCCUAUCAGGAACUGUUAGAAUCAAUUACAGGCUUCAAGGGCCUUUUUACUUUACUGUGAAGAAUUUUGAAGAUAGUUCGCAGCCGUCGGCGCCCUGGACUGAAAGAAGAUCGGACGCGCGCCAAGCGACAUUUGGUCCCCACUGACGAGCCCUUUGAAACUUCUUUUUGAAAGUUUGCCAUCAAAGCAGCCAGCUUGUAGACGUAAAAGAGCACCGUUUGGGCAGAACAGAGAGACGAUAUCCCGCCAGAAAUUGACGAAAAACAACCCCGGAGAUAGCAGAUCAGAGUAAAGCGAUCCCAAGGUGAUAUAAACAGGCGGAUCUACCAGUGAUAAGGAAACACUCCAGAUCGCCAGACGAAAUGUCGGGGUCUGAUAACCGAGAGGAGCAAGCGGGAGGCUCGGGGGGCUUACCGUCCGCCUCCCGGGAGAGCGUCGGGGCCAGGCCGUCGCCAAGGCACGGGCCUGCGAGCUUCUCCAUCGACGCAAUCUUAUCCACAAACUCCCGCACGUCGCCGCCUCAGCGUAGAAGUCCUCCUCGGGACAUGCCCGUCAACGGGAAACAUUCACCGGCAAGACCAGAAUGUUCCUACGGGGCAAGGCUCGACACACGGGGAGAGGACAGUUCAGACUUACGGUCCGUUUCAGCUGAGGUUAGCUCGUCGACGGCAAGACCCAGCGCCUUUACACCCGUCUCCUCCACCGACGACUCUUUCAACAACUUGCGAACAGAAGACGACAGUCGACCGGACUCCCCUCCCCCUCGGCUUCUCAGCCACUCGGAAGGGAAGAAGCGCCCCCGUACGGCCUUCACGGCAGAGCAGAUCAAGGAACUGGAGGUCGAGUUCCAGAAGAACAAAUACCUGUCUGUCACCAAACGACUGGAGCUGUCCAACCAGCUCAAACUCACAGAAACACAGAUCAAGAUCUGGUUCCAGAACCGCCGCACAAAGUGGAAGAGGAAGUUCACCAACGACCUAGAACUGAUGGCACACCAACACUACGCCUCCAUGGGUCUCUACAGCAGUCCCCAUCCGUGGUACUUCACUCAGAGAUAUCCCCAUCAUCCGGGGUAUUACAACAGCUUCCCGUCAUACCCCGCGCCGACUCAAUACCCAAGAUACCCCGCGGCAUUGGUCGCCCACCUCCCCCCUGCGGCUGCGCAGAGUCUACAUGCUGCCAAUAUGAAAUUACAAGGGAAACCGUUAUGAUUAGACAAAUGAUAACAAUAUUCAUCUUCUCAUCGUUCUUGUAUCAUACUAUAUCCCCAUGGGACACUUUAAUAUGCAUAUGGUUCAAUAUAUUGCUGAUCCUUCAAACGCAUACUCGACAUCGGGGAUAAGAACAUUAUAGUGUGUGGUCUUGUUAUCUAUUAGGGGCCAAAACUAUAAAGACAUUUCCAUGCAGUUGAAACGUUUUAUGUUUAAACCACAGGCAUAACGGUCAUUCCAAGAAUGCGACAGUUGUUGUGUAGUUAUCAAACAACUCAAUCGUUAUGUAGCUAUUGUUACCGACUUUCUCUGCAGGCGAUGCGUACAUCAUUGCAUUGGAUUUUACUAUCUUCAGUUUAAGAUGAAUAAAUGAAUCAUGAUAAUGAUAAUGUUGUUAUCUAUGGCAUGUAUAAUCCCUUCAUAUUGAACAAUGUCUGAAAUAGUCUACUGAAGAGUUAUUGAUAUGGUAUAUGUAUCUUUUGCUGUAUUAUAUUUGUAUUUGGAUGUCGUUGCAGGUACAAUUCGUAUCUUAAGAAUGUACAGACACUGAAAAAAAAUAGAAGGGCAAUGAGUUUUAAGACAGAUUGCACGCGCCUUAAGGUGAAAUAAAAACCUGACGGAUGUGUGUUCAUAUGAUCCACCUAGCGGAACUGAGCUCUCCCAAACACGAGCAAUUAAAACGAUAUUCACUGCGUGUCUCCAGGCUACAUGGGGUGUUAUUGUUGUCUGAUAAUGGCUUUGAAAAAUUGUCAUAAUUUUGUCGUUGCCGAAGGCUAUGUGAUACAAUGACUACUCAAUCCACAAUGACAAUACUGCGGUUGUCCCAGAUGGUUACCAAAUUAUGAGUAUCAUAACAUAGUACAUAUUUCGGUAAUUUGUUCAUGAACUUAUAAUCUUCUAUGUUUCAGCGUCA